UCAUUCAUGAAUACAUGCACGCAAGAAACUCGCGACAAACCGCAAUAAUAAAUUCGGAUUCGGCUGUGCAUAAAUACCUUUCAAGUUCACCGCAUUCGUGCUUUCUCUUUGUGCCGGAUUGAGAAAAAAAAGAACUCGCUACCGUUUUCGACUCGAAUCCACCGCAUAAAUUAGUUCUGCAGACCUAACUGUAAAUCCUCUGAGCUCUUCCUUUCGUCCGUCAUCUCCUUCCGCCCAGACGGCAGCCAAAAGACGAAACCCAUAUAGAAUCGCAUCGACGAACAUCGUCAGCGUGUGGAAACGUCUCGCUGUGUGUUAGUGCGUGCUUAUUGUAGUGCCGAACCAUCCGUCCUCCCGGCCUGCUUCGGCUCGGCGAGCGAGCAACCAGUCGUCAAGAUUACGUCCUCAAGCCGGAAACUGUCCGAUCUGGUGAUGGCGAAACGUGCCGCAGGAUUUCUCAUAUUCCGCCGACUGCGGGAGCGUAUCGAGUACCUGAUGCUGCAGGCAUCCUACGGACAGCACCACUGGUCGCCACCCAAGGGACACGUCGAUCCCGGCGAGGAUGACUUCAAGACGGCCCUCCGGGAGACAACCGAAGAGUCGGGCUAUCAAGAGAGUGAUCUCCGCGUUUUCAAAAACCAAACUCGCACCCUCGAAUACAAAGUAAAAGGGCACGACAAGGUGGUCGUCUACUGGCUGGCCGAGCUGAUCGAUCCAGCAAAGGCGGUUACACUGUCGGACGAACAUCAGGAUCUCAAGUGGCUCGAACGGGACGACGCCAUACAAAUCGCCGGCUACGAGGACUUUGCCGACAUGGUUCGACACUUUGACGACAAAGUUAAGCAGGCCUACGACCAGCUGUGAGUAAGUUGAUGACCUGACUCAAAGUUUCAACCAUUGAUAUGAUAGCUUAGCAGAGACGAAGAAUAACGCUAAUAUUUAACAACCGAGUUUUCCUUUUCACUUUUGUCCUAUUACACACGCCUACAAAAAUAUACCUAUCUAUACAUAUUUAAAACACACUUAAUGUAUAUUUAAACGGAUUCAGAAACAGCACCACUCGUGCUGGGACAGAGAAUGCGUAUCGAUUUACAGUUUUAUCCAAUUAGCUUUCGAAAGCCACUGGCUGCAUUUUAAAGAUAUCGGAUGGAACGGCGUUGGGUAAACAGAAGGAAUGUUGGAAUGAGAUCAGGGAAGAAACGCUACUAGGGUUUACCGUACUAGGGAUUGGACAUGUUUUGCUUGCAAAAAUAUACUGAUUAAUAUUAAUACUUAUGUGACAAAAAGAAAAUCUAAGGCUCAGUGAACGAAAUAAACAAUUGAAUUUCA